CGUCGUUUUCGUGAUAUAGGAGUGGAUAACUAAUUAUAAAUGUUGAAUGUUUAUAAAAACUUUAGAAACACUGAAAAUAUAUAGUUCUUGUGCUAUUACUCUGUCAAAGUUUAGUAUACAUAAGAGUGAUCAUUAUGAGUUCAGGAUUUAUAUCAGAAGCUGAAAUUGCAGAACAGCGAAGAAUACGACAAGAAGAAUGGGAACGUGUACGAACUGCAGACCAACCAUUAGAAGCUCCAGAAGAAACAUAUGAUACAAGAUCUUUAUAUGAACGAUUACAAGAACAAAAAAAUAAAAGAGAUGCAGAAUAUGAGGAAGCACAUAAGUUGAAAAAUAUGAUAAAAGGUUUAGAUGAUGAUGAAGUAGAAUUUUUGGAUUUGGUGGAUAGAACAAAAUUAGAAGAAGAACGUAAAAAAAAUCUUGAAGAAGAAAAAGAAAUGCGAGAUUUCAAAGCUGCUGUUGCUUCAUUACAAGAAAAAUCCUUAAAUGAAAAAUUAAAACAAGAAUUAAAAAAUCCUCAAAUUGUAAAUAAAAAUAUUUCUUCUGGAAGUCGUACUUCGCAAUUAAAAUUAUUAGCUGGUGUUGUAGUUAAACGUCCUGAAAAACAAAAAGAAGAUCUUGCACGGGGUGUUAAAAGAAAGUCAUCUGAUGAAAGCAAAGACACAUCAAAGAAAGAAGAUUGUGAACUAAAUGAACAAAUAAUAGCUGAAUGCGAACCCGCAUUCAAAACUGAUACUUUAGAACAUAAAAAUAUAACAAAUGAAAUUGGCAUGAAGUGUAUUGGAAUUUUGCCUGGCCUUGGCACUUACGAAGAUUCUAGUGAUAGUGAAUGUAGUUCAGAUACAGAUCAAGAUCCGGAACCAAAUCAUUCCAAAUACGAUCUAUUAGGUCGAAAAAUAAAAAUUUUGAAAGAUAAAGAAAAAAGCUGAAUGCAAAGUAUUUACAAUCGCCUUUUUAUUCAUAGGUAACAAUCAUUUUAUUUUGCAAUUUACUGUAAUUGUACAAUAUAAAUAUAUUUUUUGCAAUAAUUUU